UGGAGAAACUUGCAUUCGCUUCAGGCCCUGCAGACAUGGAUGGCUCCAGUGACAGGCUGUUCUGCUGCAGAUGGGUGCGCAACAAGAUCCCCCUGACCCACAGGGAGGAACUGUACCACAUCCUGAGGAUGACAGGGCCUCUGCUGCUCUCUCGAAUCCUCAAUUACCUGCUUCCAUUUGUGGUUACAAUGUUCUGCGGGCGUCUGGGGAACGAUGUGAUGGCCGGUUAUGGAUUAGCCUCUGCUGCCAUUAAUGUUACCACUGCAGCGACGGGAGGCGGUCUGGCGCUGGCAUGUGAUACUUUGGUGUCUCAGACAUUUGGUGGCAAGAACUUACUGCGGGUGGGAGUGAUUCUUCAGCGGGGCAUCAUCAUCCUGCUGCUCUUCUGUCUGCCCUGCUGGGGUCUCCUCAUUAACGCUGAGGCCAUCCUGUUGUGCAUGGGCCAGGAACCUGAGGUGGCCAGAAUAGCCCAGCUGUAUAUGACAGCCUUCAUUCCUGCAGUGCCAGCAAUGUUCCUGCAUCAUCUACAGGUGUCUUAUCUGCAAAACCAGGGAAUCAUUCUGCCACAGAUGUACACCGCCGCUUUGGCAAACAUAGCAAACGUGGUGACGAACUACAUCUUUCUUUACUGGCUAGAUCUGGGUGUGAUUGGAUCUGCAGCAGCUAACACUCUGUCUUGGAUUUACAUCUGCGUUUUCCUGUUUGCUUACAUUUGGUGGAAGAAGCUCCAUGUGACGACAUGGGGAGGCUGGUCUGUAGAGUCGCUGCAGGAGUGGGGCUCCUACAUGAAGCUGGCCUUUCCCAGCACAUUAAUGACCUGUUUUGAGUGGUGGGUUUAUGAGUUUGGGGGAUUCUUUGCAGGAAUGCUAAGUGAGGAUGAGCUGGCAGCCCAGCAUGCUGUGAUAAUGAUCGCUUUCAUAACUUACAUGUUCCCUCUUGGCAUCCAAGCUGCAGCAUGCGCCCGGGUGGGGAACGCUCUCGGUGCAGGAGACACUGCCAGGGCCAUCCUAAGCACCAAGAUGUCAUUUGCGCUUGCAGGUAGCAUUGCUGUUGUUGAAGGUAUUGUGCUCGGCUCCACUAAAACAGUGAUUGGCUUCAUCUUCACCUCUGAUGAGAAAAUUGUAGAUCUGGUGUCGCACUUGAUGAAUGCUUACUGCUUCCUUCAGUUCUUUGACGGUCUUGUGUGUGUGUGCACAGGCAUCUUCUUGGGCACGGGUAAACAGAAGAUACCAGCUGUGGCGAAUUUCAUUGGAUACUACAUGAUAGGGCUUUCACUGAGCAUUGUUUUUAUGUUUGUCGCAAAAUUGAGAGUUUUGGGUUUUUGGCUGGGACUGCUCGUUGCCGUCGUCAUACAAUCCACCUUUUACAUCACUGUGAUCAUUUUCAAGCUUGACUGGAAGAGAAUGACAGAGGAGGCUGUGAAACGAGCUCAGAAAAAGACCUACAUGGCACUAUUAGGCGGUGAAGCCCUGUCCGACCCUGUGGGUAACAACACAGCAGGACAGACAGCAAGUAAUGAGAAUUCUGUGGAUGGCUACAUGUCUGUGGUCACCAAUGGGAGCUCUGAGAAGCAGGGUGGAGUGGAGCAGCUAAAGGGUGGUCAUCUCUCCAUCACCCAGCUGAUCCUCCGCCGAGGCCUGACCAUGUUUGCAGCAGUUUCACUUCUUGCUGUGGGAGUGCUUGUUCACUUUGUCGUACCCCUACCAGAGACCCCGGCAAAGGACAACUUCACUACGGACUGGAUCAAUACUACAAAUACCCCAGAUCAAAUUUUUUCCACUGUGCUGCUCCUGACACAAGAGUCAGCAUAACCUUGAGAGCUGUGAUCAUAAAAUCAAUGUUUGGACUCAGUGUUGUAAAAAAAAAAGAAAAAGAAAAAAAUCCCUGAAUUUUAGACUCUUGUGGAUUCAUUAUGUCUGAGUGACUCAGGCCCAAACUGUGGCUGAAAAAUGAAGUAAAUUAGUGAUGUAACAUAAAUAUUUUCUUUAAUUUAUUAUUUUAAACGAGAUAGAAUGAAUUCAUUGUUGACUGUUGACUAUUUCACUUUAUUGCCUAUGUUGUCAUUGGUUCUUGCAUCAUCUGAACGUAAUAAAACUCAGUUAAUGAAUA